CGUGCUUAGCACGAAAUGGGCGUAUUAUCAGCAGACGAUAAGGUCACAAGGGACAAAACACAGACACAAGCCACCAGCGUACAGCUCAAGCAGUCUUUUCAGACACCCCAGAUCGCAAUGUUAAUAAGAUUUGGGAUUUUUCUCGCAUACGUGAGCUGCGCGAUCGGCACCGACCAACCCACAAUAUUCACGAAAGAAGGACAUGUGACGAUACUCGGUGGCAAGGAUGGCAACAUAUCAUUCUUCACAGAAGGGACGGGAACUUUUAUUAUUAACGGAAAUAAUUUAUUUAAUAUAAUCACCCUUACGGAUGAAGUGAAGUUGCAGAUUAUGAAUGUGAAUUCCAAAGAGGAAUUAGAUGCGACGUACAAACUUAAAGAGUCCAUUGAGAGAAAUAGUAUCAAGAUAAAUUACUUUGCACAAUUUUUGACUUCAGGCCAAAAUGGAACCAAAGUACCUUUCCUCACAACUAAGUUUAUGGAUGAACUGAAAAGAAAGACUUUUACAUUGGACAAAAAGAUAUUUUUUCUUGAUUCAUCUUUCCGAAGGGUUGACCAAGCUUUGGAAACAAACGAGUGCCAAAACAACCCCUGUUCACAUGGCGGAACAUGCUAUGACGCUUACAAAAGGGCCCAGUGCGUAUGCCCAACCAACUGGAAGGGACAAUUUUGUGAUGUUGAUGUUGACGAAUGUUCAGCGUUCAAUGGAACAGACCUCGGCUGCCAAAAUGGGGCGACUUGUGUAAAUACGGUCGGUUCGUACAAAUGCAACUGCAUAGACGGCUGGCACGGUCUCCAUUGUCUUACAAGAGAAUUUGACUGCUCUCGAACAAAAUCGGAGGAGCUGUGUGGUCAUGGGACAUGCGUUCAGGUUGGACAUGACUACUCGUGCAUUUGCGACCAGGGUUGGACUGUGCCUUACAGCCCAAUCGGCGGGAGCAAUAUGUUUCUGGGCUGCACAGAAGAUAUCAAUGAGUGCAAUUCAACUGUCCUGCCUUGCUCUCACGAUCCCCUGGUAACUUGUAUAAACACUCCUGGAAGCUUUCAAUGCGGAUCAUGUCCAUUAGGUUAUGUUGGUAACGGACACCAAUGUGCUGAUAUAGACGAAUGCCAAACUGACAAUGGUGGGUGUAGCACUGAUCCGUUUGUCCAGUGUAUCAAUAUAAGAGGAAGUAGCACCUGUUUGGCUUGCCCUCCUGGUUAUUCAGGAGAUGGUAGAAGUUGUGAAUACUCAAAAGACCUCUUUAGGUUCGAAAACGGAAGCUGUCACCAUCUAGCUUAUCGUAGUUUUAAUGCUGAUCUUAAUACGGUUGUUUGCCAAUGCCCGAGUGGAUAUGUUGGGACGGGUAUGGGGGUGAAUGGUUGUGUCGAAGACAGUUCUGCGGUAGAUGGCUGCAGUUCGAUGCCUUGUAAGAAUGGUGGGAGAUGUAGGCCAGAACCUGUCGGGGGAAAUUACACAUGCUUCUGCAAACCUCAAUUUUCCGGGAAAAACUGUGAACUAAAACACACUUCAUGCACGACAAAUCCUUGCCAAAAUGGUGGAACCUGUGAAGCAACAAAUUAUUUUCAGAGUGGUUUUUGGUGUCGAUGUCCUGCCGGGUAUUCAGGGUUAUUCUGCGAACAAAUAAACAACGAUUGCUUGGGGACAUUUAAUACUCCUGAUGGGAAUUUUUCUUGGAGUUUGUCUUUCGAAGACAAACAAAACAAAGGGACUUAUAAAGCCUGCAGUUGGUCAAUUCAAACUGACGAAUAUAAAGCUGUGAAAGUAACAUUUUCGGAAUUCACUUUCCCAGGAGCUACACCACCUUGUACAGACCCGUUAUCCGAAGCUAUUCGGCUUAAGGUUUUUGAUGGAAUGUUCAGAGAUUCUAACGUAAUCGGCGUAUACUGUGGCAAUACUGAAUCCCCAAAAACAAUUAUUUCCACCGAGAACACAAUGAGGUUUGAUGUUGAAGGGCAUAUUCUCUCUUCUCCGACUUCCUUCGCCCUUACCUGGACAACUGUAGAUCGGAAAUGUGGUUAUAACAUGAAGGUUAAUACUCACGGUACAAUUUCCUCUCCGGGUUUCCCCGGAAAAUAUCCAAAACGUUCUAAAUGCGUUUGGUCAUUAACUGCUCCACGGGGGAAAAGAAUAGAAUUUCGUUUCCUACAUUUAGAUAUAGGGAAAAACACGAGUUGUGAUACUGUUUUUAUAAAGAUCAGCACUGGAACAGGGAGUUCUUCGAUUGUGCUAAGAGAAAUUUGUAAUUCCUCAAGCCCUGGUACUAUUGUAACUCCAGAACAUAAGGCCCGAAUAGAGUUCCAUCCAGGCACGAUUGACAUGGGCAUUGGUUUCGAGUUGGCUUACAGUGUUAUAAAUGGAAUUGUCGGUUGUGGAGAUAUAUUGACGGCAAGGUCUGGGUUCAUAUUGCCACCGAAAUUGAGCGAUGAUUUAUUUGCAAGACAAAUCUGUGAAUGGCAAAUACAAGCGCCUUUGGGAGAAAAAAUCAAGAUUCUCUUUGAAAAGUUGUCACUAGCAGUUACGGAAAUUUGCAGUGAUAAGUUAAAGGUAUAUGAUGGCCCAGAUACACAGUCCAAACUUGUCGGACAGUGGUGUAGAAACGAACAGCCUCCACCUUUUAUAUCUACAUCCAAUACACUCACAAUAGUUUAUCAACACAAGUUUUAUAAUAGCAUGGGUUUAUUUCGUAUAGAUUAUUAUAUAGUAUGCGAAAAUACUUUUACGGAAAAAUCUGGAGUCAUUAUGUCUCCAAACUAUCCGAACGGAUACCCGCCGAAUACAAAUUGCUAUUACACGAUCGAAAGACCUCCUAUGACUGUCAUAGUGGUUUCUAUUUUAGACAUGGACAUACAGUUUGAUGAAUCUUGUGGUUUAGAUUCACUCACAAUUUAUGAUGGAAAUUCGGACAAAUACAAAGUGAUUGGAAAAUACUGUGGAAAUAACAGCGUAGAUACAUUGACGUCAACGCGCAAUAUGGUUUAUCUCAAAUUUUCUGCCGAUAGCGAUUCGCUACAAGGAAAAGGAUUUUACAUAAAUUACACCACGAUUAAUGUCAAUUGUGGUGGGAUUUUAACUGACCAGGCUGGAACCAUUGAAAUAGAUAAAGUACUUGCCGAAAAAGAAUGCUCAUGGAUCAUAAUCGCCAAACCCAACCACAUUAUACAUCUAGACUGGCAAUAUUUUGUAUCCCUGGAAAUACAUGGAUGCUCAGAUAAUUAUAUUGCUAUAUAUGAUAACGUAACUGCAAUGGGUAAAAGAUUUUGUGAAGAAAAACCACCUCCUUUCACAUCGUCGUCCAACGAAGUGAUGAUAACUCUUUUUAUGUCACACGUUUACUCAGUUGAAUUUAAAGUCUUAUUUACAACAGAAAACGACUUGUCUUGUGUUAGAAAUUUCUUGGCUUCAUCAGGAACGAUAAUUACACCAAAUUAUCCUGCUUACUAUGGUCCUGGACUGCAAUGUCGUUGGACAAUCAGAGUGAAUGAAAGGAAACAAAUAAGGCUGAACGUGAAGGAUUUUGACGUCGAAUUCAGUCAUGGUUGCAAUCGCGAUUAUUUAGAAAUAAGGAACGGUGGAACUGAAACUUCUCCUGUAAUAGGACGUUUUUGUGGCAAAACAAUACCAAGGGAAAUUAUAUCUCAUUCGAAUAAACUCUAUUUAUCUUUCAUUUCUGAUAAAACAGUGGGAGGAAAUGGCUUAAAGAUUUUGUGGGAUGAAGGAUCAACUGGAUGUGGAGGAAAGAUGAAUUCUUCGUCAGGGAGUAUCAUUUCUCCUAAUUAUCCAAGUCCUUAUGACAACAAUUUAAAUUGCUUUUGGAAAAUAACUGUUCCCAUUGGAAAUCAAAUCCAGUUGACAAUAAUCGAUUUGGAUUUGGAAAUGUUGCAAAACUGCGUGGACUAUAUAGAAAUAUUCGAUGGGAAAAACAACCAAGCUCCAUCCUUGGGUCAGUUUUGCAGUAAAGCAGAUAUAAAAACCAUCACUUCAAAGAGCAAUACCAUUUUUUUGGCAUUUCACACUGAUUCGUUAGACACGGGGACUGGUUUCCACCUUUCGUACAUUACCAUUUGCAACCGGACGAUAACUGGUUUCAAAGGUUCAAUCGAAUCACCAGAUUUUCCAUUGUCAAACGGAAAUCUACAUAACUGCCAGUGGAUUAUUCAGGCUCCCUUGGGAAAUAGAAUACAAAUCACUGUGUCACACUUCAUAAUGGGUAGGAGUAAUGUACCACAAAAUGUAUGGUUCAACCAUUUUUACGACCGCGCCUGUAAAUUGGGUUAUCUUGAGAUAAAAGAACAAGACAAAACUGGCCUAGUUUCACAGCUUUUGGAUAAACUUUGUGUCUCAAAUACCAAGCCUGAAAUCACCUCUAACCAAGAUCGUGUUUUCAUUAAUUAUAAAACUUCAACCUUUGGAAUCAGCAGUGCUUUUCGACUUGACUGGGAGGUUUACGGCUGUGGAGGAUAUUUCAAGAACAAAGUUUAUGGUGAAUUUUCUUCUCCCGGAUACCCAAAUAAUUACAACCAUUCAGUAGUAUGCGAAUGGUACAUUGAAGAGCCAGCAGGACGCCUGAUUGUGUUUAGUAUCAAUGAUAUCCAUCUGGAAACAACUUCCAAUUGCUAUCAUGAUCAUUUGGAUAUUUAUAACGGAAUUGAUGAUACAGCACCUAAACUGGCCUCAUUGUGUCACCUUCUUCCGAAUAGCAAAUCUUACACCAUUUCUACAAGUGGUAAUUAUGCUUUUGUAAGAUUUGAAAGUGAUUAUUCAGUAACAGCCAAAGGCUUUCGUGCCAUGUUCAUAGCCCGCAUUGGUGGCUGUGGAGGAAACCAUCGAGGGUUCUCGGGUCAAGUGUACUCUCUGAACUACCCUCAAAAUUACAAUGCAAACAUUAGCUGUACUUACAGAUUAUUUGUCAUGGAAUCGAUGAGCAUUAACCUGACAUUUACCGAUUUCAGCAUUAUGUCCGAUGAGAACUGCACUAAUGCAUAUGUUGAGGUAAGAAAUGAGGAUAAAAGUUUUGGACACUUCUGUGGAAAUAAACUCCCACCGACGAUAAUUUCGAGCAAAAUGUUAAUAAUAACGCAUAAAACCAACCAUUGGACGUCAAAAGGAUUUGCAGCGACUUACACACUUAUUUGUGGUGGCACACUUAAACCACUUGACAAUUUAUCCAAAGGUACCUUGUCGACUAAGAAUAUUCCUCAUCUGGAGUCGAGAAGAAACUGCACAUGGACAAUUAUGUCUGAUGAUCUCAGUGGAAAAGUGACUCUGAUGUUUACAUCGCUACACCUUGAACCGUACCCAAAUUCAAAAUCCAAAGCAUUUAUCGCCAUUUAUAGUGGUUACGAUACAUCUGUUCCUCCAUUCAGAAACAUAACUGGAAAUAAGAUACCAUUGUCAAUAAUUGUUCCAAGUUCCAUAGCGACAAUUAUCUAUCGCUACAAAUAUGGAACAUCAUUCAGUUUGGACUAUUCUCACCUUAACAAUGCAUGUGGAGUAACAUUAAAUUCUGAAGAAGGGACUAUAAACUCACCAAAUUAUCCUCACAAUUAUCCUGCCGAUGUAGAAUGCAAAUGGAAUAUUAAGCUUAGCCCAGGAAACAAACUUUUCCUUAAAUUCAAUGAGUUCAAUAUUACAAGCAGUGAAUACUGCAAUGAAGACUUCUUGGAAAUACGAGAAAAUAAUUUGAGUGGGAAAAAAAUCGGUUUGUUCUGCGGCAACACUUUGCCCCGUAACAUUCAGAGCAAUACAUCACUCUGGAUUCUCUUUCGAAGCUCAGUAAACGGGACUGGCAAAGGGUUUUCAAUGGAUUAUUUAUUAGUGAGUGGAGGCGUCUUAGAAGGCCCGGCUGGGUCCAUUGCAAGCCCUAAUUAUCCAAGUUUACACAGCAUAUCUAAGAACAUUUUCUUAUGGACUAUUUCAGUUUCAUCAGGCUCGGUGAUCCGCAUAACAAUUGUGGAUUAUUCGAUUUCACAAUUGUAUUACGAUGAUUGUGAAGAGAGUGGUGGCUUAAUGAUUUACGAUGGACCCAACAGUGAAUCACCAGUUUUAAAAGCCAUUUGUACCAUUGAAUCACCAUUUACGACGAGAAGUAAUAUCGCCUUCAUAAAGAUGAGAAAUAUUUUACCAAGCAAGUUCUUCCUUUCGUGGGAAGAAAUUGGAAAAGUUUCAGUAAACAAUGAUAGUUGUAACUCGACGAUAUUCAUAACUGGAAACCAAGGUGGAAAUAGUACUUAUAAUGUGACCAGUCCUGGCUAUCCAAAUCUAUACCCUCACAACCUUCAUUGUACAUGGUUUAUAAAAACAGACAUUGAGAACCAUAUAGUUAUAUCUUUUAAAAAGGUUGAUUUAUGGAAUGUUUAUGUAUGUCAUGACAUAGUCAAAGUCUUUGAUGUGGAGACAAAUACGGAAUUAGCGUCCAUUUGCAGACACACUGACAUUGUUAAUGUCACUGGUGGUCGUACAGUUAAAAUAACAUUCGAUACUGACAGUUACGGAAAUAAGAAAGGAUUUUUAGCUAUGGCGAAAGUUGAAUGCGGAGGCAGUAUUAGUGAACCGGAUGGAAUUAUAAAACUGCCUGCAGUGCGGGGGCGCGCCCAUUUUGAUUGUCAGUGGAACAUAACAGUCAAACAGGGGCAAACAAUUAAAAUAGAAUUCAGAAAAUUUGAUUAUUUUUCACCCAGUCUUUCUUGCAAUAGUUCUUAUGUGAUGUUGAGAAAUGGUGGGUAUCCUGACUCUCCGUAUCUUGGACAGGGUAAGUACUGCGGUAAACAGAAUCCUCCUGUUCUGGAAACAACUAGCAACAGGGUUAAAAUAUAUUUCAAGCGGGAAGCAGAUGAGGAGAUUGAAAUAUAUUAUGAAGCGAUUUCCCCGAAUUGUAAACAGGAUUUUUAUCUGUCACGCCAAGGUCUGCAAUCAAUAAACAUAAGCAAUCCGAACAAGGCGUAUAUCUGUACCUGGGUCAUUCUCACCGAUUCUGAUGACAGCCUUCAUUUCCAAUUAGUCAAGUUGACGUUUGAUUCUAAUAGAAAUUGUGAGAAUCAAUAUUUGGAAAUUCGCGAAGGUGGUUCAGAGCGAGGGCAUUUAAUAAAGAAAGUUUGCAGAAAACUGUUGUCUUUUUUCAACACGGAAGGGAAUGCUUUGUUCAUCAAAUAUUUUUCAGAUGUGCCAGAUUCUACAGCCAACUUUAGUGCGAUAGUUUCUUUGUCCAAAUGCGGUGGUACCUUACUCGGAUAUUACGCGACAAUUAAGUCCCCCGGAUUUCCAAAAAGUUACGAACCCAACACAAAAUGCGAAUGGAUCUUCCGCAAUGAUUUAGAUAUGGGUUACAUUGUAAUGUUUGAUACGUUCAAAAUUGCUAAUGAGCAUAAAAACUGUGAGAACACAACUUCAUCCGAUGACACUUUUAUUAUUAUGAAUGUAGAAACAGGAGAAAACUCAUCUUAUUGCGGAAAUGUCCAGCAUAAACAUAGUUUCAAGACAGAUUCUUCAGAUAUGAAUAUAGUUUUCAUCGCAAAAGAAAAUAAGCUGAACAUCAAGGAUUUGCGGUUUUCCUUUGUUGUAUACAGAAACCAAAGGAAAGCUUGCGGAGAUUUUCUUCAGUUUAAAAGUGGAGACAUUUCCAGCCCAGGCUACCCAAACAGCAUCAAUUUUCACACUUGCGAAUGGUCGAUUACGGCUUCACCAGGAAAAAUAGUAACAGUUAAAAUUAUGGAUUUGGACUUGCCUACCUCUAAAAACAAUUACGUUUCUUUUUACAGCAGAUAUAAUCUACUAAUUGCUAAAUUAAAUGGGUCACAAUCAAACGACACUAUUGUAGAAUCACCUGGAAACUUUAUGGAAAUAGUUUUAUCCUGUCCAAGAUGUCGAGGAUACCGUGGAUUCAGUGCAUCAUACACCACAACAAAACAAGAAUUAUGCAGUGGAACACUUGCUGAUAACAACGGAAGUAUGGUGUUUUACUAUCCCGAUUUACCCGUUCUUGAUUGUAAAUGGACAUUUCCUGAGGUUAAAGGAAGAACCGUUACACUCGUAAUGUCUGGGAAUAUUGAGAUGGUUGACGGAGAUUGCAUCAAAAGCACUCCACAAAUACAAAUAUCCUUACCCUCUAUCCAUAACUAUUUAUAUUGCGUAAGUGCUGAACAACACAGUUACAGACUAGUUUUACCCGGUGUAGAAAUGGAUAUAAAGGUUCUCGGAGCCCAAUCAAACGCAAACGCAACGCUAAAUUUCACAUUAAAUUGGAAUUCCAAUCAAUGUGGAAGUAACGGCAAUUUGAACGAUUAUUCGGAUGUGUUGCUCAGUCCUGGUUACCCGAACAAUUACAGCCCUAAUUUGGAUUGUGUUUGGUUGUACCAAAUAAAUUACCGAUCAGUUAAGAAGAUCAAAUUUAAUAAUUUCUCUUUAGAAAACGACUGCAAUAACGAUUUCCUUGAAAUCAUGAGUGGGGAAGAUUACUUUGAAACAAAUUUGGGAAAGAAUAAAUAUUGUGGAACAAUUGUCCCAGCGGAUUUAAUAAUGGGUCGAUAUUACGUUUGGUUUUAUUUUCACAGCGAUUCCACAAACGAAUUUCAAGGAUUUAAUAUUUCCAUAGAUACAAUUUCAAAUGGUUGUGGUGGUCUUCACACUAGCAAUCAGGGAGUUAUCAUGUCUCCCAAUUACCUGAAACAAUAUAAAAAUAAUACUGAAUGUGAAUGGGUCAUCCACACCCAUGAAGGUAACCACAUUGAAAUUAAGUUGAAAGGAAGGAUGCAGAUUGAAAAAAGCGACAACUGCACCAAAGACUAUCUCGAGUUUUUUGAUGGCGUUAAUCAUACGUGGGUGUCUAUUGCGAAAAAAUGUGGCUCGGACUUUGGUCCUACUGUCUACUCGACUUCAAACAAAAUGAAAAUUUUAUUUAGAACUAACGAUAUAAUUACUGGAAAUGGAUUUUUGCUGGAUUGGCAAGUCAUUUGUGGUGGGAUGUUUGAGGCGGGUAAAACGCUUAGUCAUAUUUAUUCUCCAGGAUAUCCUGAUAAAUAUUUAGGACCACUUACUUGCAACUAUACCAUAUCCGCUGAAGGGAAAAUGAUAAAGGGGCGUUUUGUCGACUUUCAAUUAGAAGACGAAAUGCAGUUAGAGUGUCACUUUGAUUACGUAGAGAUUAUCACCUCUUCAUUUUCUUUCAAAGAAAUUGUUACCAAAAAAAGCAAAAAGUACUGCGGUACGACGGCCCCUGAAGAAUUUCAGUCUUUUGGUUCUUUCACAUUAACAUUUGUUGUCAACGAUUAUGAUGAUUAUAAAGGCUUUGACUUGGAAUAUUUCGUUGAAGAUUGUGGUGGUGAGAUAAAAGAACCAACAGAAAUAAAUUAUGAAACAACAACAUCAGUGCCGACAAACUGUAGCUGGUAUAUAACGGCACCAAAAAACAGAAUUGUCAUAAUUAGUGUGGGCCUUAACUACAUAAAUUGUUUCAUCAGUGCAUUGGUAAUAUAUGAUGGUGGUAUUUCUAAUAACAAUGCCACAGUUCUCAAAACAUUGUGCAGGGUUGGAGCAUAUUUGCCCUAUCGUAUCACUUCAACAUCAAAUGAAGCUUCAAUAAAUUUAUACUCUCUCGCUCCUUCGAAGAGAACGCAAUUUUCCUUUGUGGUAUGGUUUGGUUAUGAAUGUGGGGGAACAAUCACGUUGAACAAAACUGAACGGAUUUCAUUUUCAAUACCUAAAGACGACAGAGCAGCUUUUAGUUGUUUGUGGGUAGUGAAAGCUCGUGAGGGAGAAAAGAUAUUGAUGAAAGUCAACAGUGUCUCUACUACAAUUCCUUGUUCAAUUGAAUUGCUUGUGAAAGACGGUGGUCCAGAUGACGAACAAAUAUAUUUUGACUGUCUUCUGGCUGAAUUGCAUUUCUCAUCGACUGGAAGUAAGAUUGCAUUCGAGGCAUUUUCAUUUAUUUUAUCAAAUGCUUCAUUCAGCAUAGAUUUGGAAAUUCACAAUUCACCUUGUGGUCAAUCAGUAUUAACCGUGACGGAGGAUCCAGAGGUUCUGACUUCGCCCAACUUUCCACAGCCUUACCCGACAAAUGUACAUUGUUUAUGGAAGUUUUACAGUUCCAAAAGUAAAAUCAGUCUUCAUUUCGAUCAUGUGGAUAUGUGCGAAGAUGAGAAAUGCAUUGAUUAUUUGGAAGUGAUUGACGUUUAUAGAUUUAUCCCGUAUAAGACCAGGUUGUCUGGCAAAAAAAAUGGCUUCGAUUUUGUAGCCCGAUCUGGUGUCAAUAUGAGGUUUGCCAGCGGAGGACGUGUGUCGCAAAACCGAGGGUUCAGACUCACUUACAGAACUCAGUCGUGUACUCACAACUACACAAGCAACUAUGGGAAUAUUAAAGAGUUUAAUUUGUUAAAAUGUCGUCUGGUAAUACAGCCGAAGGAAACCAACAGAACUAUUUCAAUAUAUUUCCAAUCUGUCAAUUUACAAUUUAAAAAUGACUGCGGCUCCGCUUCAUUGAAGAUAUACGACGGACUAGAGCUAACCGAUAACAAUUUAAUGUCAGUAAUAUGCAAAAGAUCAUUGCCAAAUCCUAUAUUUUCAACAGGACCAUCACUGACGAUGGAUUUCGUGUCGAAGUUAGAAGGAGAAUUUGAGUUUACAUAUACGACUACAGACAAAGGUCGAGGCUGCGGAGGGACGCUGAUGGGAACACGAGGAGUUUUCACGAGUCCAUUCUAUCCCAGCAACCCGGGCCAAGACGUAACUUGUGUGUGGGAUAUUGAAGGGCCUUACAAUUCUGUAGUGGUUUUAGAAUUUAAAAAAUUCGAUUUGGGCAGCAUGGAAUCGUGUUCCUACAACUUUGUCGAGGUGUACGAUGUUGAAAAAUCAGGUCAUAAAAACAAAAUUAUGACUUACUGUGCUGAGGAUAAGCCAUCAACAAUUAAGGGAAAUUAUGCAAAGAUGAAGGUUGUCUUCACAUCAACAUUGCAUAAUCAGGGUAGUGGAUUCUUUGCCUCGUUUAAAAGUGUUAUUCCCCCCAGUGUAAUGAAGCUUUCUUCAGCUCUGAGGAAUGCCAAACAAUCAGAAGAAACUGCAGUCUCUGUUUAAUUUCAAAAUUUCGUACAAAGUAAACUUGAAAAAAAAGUUCUCUGUGUUAAGUAUGUUUUAUACUGUGUAUCAUGUAAAUAUAUUAAAUAAGAAAUACAAUAAAAUAUGACAUAAUAAUGACUGAAAGGCAUGUAGUUUAGUUUCUGUAAUUAUGUUAUAACUUAUGACACUAAUUGUUAAUUUUUUUCAUGAACACUAGUCAUUAAUGUAUAGGUCUGUUCUGAAUAAAUAAUGUUAUGGGUAUAUUA